AUGGCGGAGUACUACCCUCGCUACAAAGAAUUCCUCAAGGGAGACACUAGCAUUGCGUUUCUGGCCGGUGGGUUGGCUGGGGCAGUCUCACGCACCGUUGUUUCGCCGUUCGAACGUGUCAAAAUCUUGCUCCAGGUGCAAAGCUCUACCCACUCCUAUAAUCGUGGCCUCUUCGCCGCUGUCAAGCAAGUGUACGUCGAGGAAGGCGUCCCGGGUCUGUUUCGUGGGAACGGCCUCAAUUGCGUGCGCAUCUUCCCCUACAGCGCAGUGCAGUUUGUCGUGUACGAGUCCUGCAAGAAACACAUCUUCAACGUCGACGGAAGCGUGGGCAAGGAUCAAUUGCUCAAUUGGCAACGGCUUGUCAGCGGCGCCCUCUGUGGGGGUCUCAGCGUGCUGGCCACCUACCCGCUCGACCUUGUGCGCACUCGACUCUCCAUCCAAACCGCGAACCUCGCCCGGCUCGAGCGCUCACGUGCUCGCAACAUCGCACGUCCUCCCGGGGUGCGCGAGCUGCUAGUCAAGACCUACCGCAAUGAGGGCGGUAUCCGCGGUCUGUACCGCGGCGUGUGGCCCACCAGUAUCGGUGUGGUGCCCUAUGUGGCCCUCAAUUUCGCGGUCUACGAACAACUCAAAGAAUUCAUUCCUCAGGGCAUGGACCCCUCGACCGCCAACUUCUACAAGCUCACCAUAGGCGCUGUCAGUGGUGGUGUAGCCCAAACUAUUACAUAUCCAUUUGAUUUGCUGCGCCGUCGUUUUCAAGUGCUAGCGAUGGGCGGCCACGAACUUGGGUUCCGCUACUCCGGUGUUACCGAUGCCCUCAUCACCAUCGGCAAGACUGAGGGCUUCAAGGGCUACUAUAAGGGUCUCACAGCCAACCUUUUCAAGGUUGUGCCCUCAACUGCGGUUAGCUGGGUUGUCUACGAAGUCGUGUGCGACAUGAUGCGCGCCUGGUGA